UCUAAAGAAAGCUAAGAACAAAAACAAGAGAAGGAAACAAAGGGGGGUCAUCAUCCUCCAUUUCAAUUUCAUCAUCAAAGUUGGUCAUGAUUAUUCUGACCCAGAAAAUUAAAAUCGGAAAAUACUUCAUAUUAAUGUUGUAUAAAUUAUAUAAAAAUUGGUAAAGGUCGCUAAACUGCUUCUUUGAGUCAAUUUUUACGUUGCAAGCGGUUUGCUUUGCUUAUGGUGUAAUUGCAGAGAGCCGCAGAAAGCCAGAAGCACUCUAGAGAGAGAUGGGUUUGCUGACGAACAGAGUUGAGAGAAAUGAGAUCAAGCCAGGAGACCACAUCUACACAUACAGAGCUGUAUUCGCCUACUCUCACCAUGGUAUUUAUCUUGGGGGAAGCAAGGUGGUCCAUUUUAGACCCAAAAGAAAUUUGAACUCCAGCACUGAAUCAUCAUCUGAUGUUUAUGAUUCAAUGUCCUGUCCCACCACUCCUGACUGUGGAUUCCGGCAACCCAACAGUGGUGUUGUCCUCUCGUGCCUGGACUGCUUCCUGAAAAAUGGAUCUCUUUACUGCUUUGAAUAUGGGGUUAGCCCUUCAGUUUUCCUUGCAAAAGUACGGGGUGGCACAUGCACCACUGCAGCAUCCGACCCAUCAGAAACGGUUGUCCAACGUGCCAUGUAUCUUCUUCAAAACGGAUUUGGCAACUACGAUAUUUUUCAAAACAACUGCGAGGAUUUUGCUAUGUAUUGCAAAACCGGUCUCUUGGUAAUAGACAAGCAAGGUGUGGGAAGUAGUGGUCAAGCUUCUUCUAUUAUUGGUGCCCCAUUGGCAGCCAUUCUUUCUUCUCCUCUGAAGUUGUUGAUGCCAAGCCCGGUUGGUGUGGCUACUGUAACAGCUGGGAUGUACUGUAUGAGCAGGUAUGCAACUGAUAUUGGCGUUCGAACUGAUGUGAUCAAGGUCGCCGUGGAGGAUUUGGCCGUGAACUUGGGUUGGGGCAGUGACCAUGAGGAGGAAGUGAGUGAGGACGAUGAUUCCGAUUCCUCUCUUACACAGAUUACCAGGUGAUUGAACAUGGUUCUUGUGCAAGUCAAGUGCCGUUGAAUAAGCAUUUGUCGACGUUAAUGACUGAAAUACUGAUGUGGGUUUUACAACUCAUUUGAAACUCACAUAAUAGUGUCUUAUAAUUCAUGCAUGGAAUGAAUGAAAGCAGUACUUAUCUGGUGUCCGUAA